AUGAGCUGGCAUUGCUCGAAAUCUGUUAUAUCUAGUAAGCUCUUGUCGCUGAGAUUCAAUCUUAGUGUUGCUCAUCGUGGUAUCGCAUCGAGUAUAAUACGGCCUACAAGACUGACAUCAUGCAAUUACAUCAGAUCCUCACUAUACUUGACUCGCUUAUACAGCAGCAGUACUGCAAAACCUCAUACCAAAGCUAGUACUAGUACGAAUACCGCUCCCACUCAAUCCAGUCAAGCCAAAAUGGAUGCAAAGGACAAGGCUCUUGUCGACCUGGCUUCUGGUAAAUCAUCAGACAAGGAGACAACGUGGAGGGCUGAUUGGGCAAUCAUCAAAGAGCUGAGUGCGUAUCUAUGGCCAAAGGGAGAAUGGGGUAUACGUACAAGAGUUGUGCUAGCAUUCUCGCUUCUAAUUGGUGGCAAACUCUUAAACAUUUACGUCCCCAUCUUCUUCAAGCACACCAUCGACGCCCUCUCAGUAAUACCUACCGAUGCAGCCUCACUAUCUGUAAUGGCGGUAGCAGGAACAGUCCUCAUAGGCUACGGAGCAUCCAGAAUCGGCUCUUCAGUAUUCUCCGAAUUACGAAACGCCAUAUUCGGUCUCGUAGCUCAACGAGCAAUCCGCCAAGCAGCUGCAAACAUAUUCAGCCAUCUGCACUAUCUAGAUUUGAAUUUCCAUCUAGCUCGACAGACGGGCGGGCUAGUUAGAGCUAUAGAUCGUGGUACAAAGGGUAUAAACCAGAUAUUAUCGAGUAUGGUGUUUCAUGUUGUACCUACAGCAUUAGAAAUUGGACUUGUGUGUGGUAUAUUAACGUAUAAUUAUGGUGUUUCGUAUGCUGGAGUCACGAUAUUGACUAUGGCUGCAUACUCGGGUUUUACAUUUGCUACGACGGCUUGGAGGACGAAAUUCAGGAGACAGAUGAAUGCAGCUGAUAAUGAGGCUGCGACGAAAGCUACUGACUCGUUAAUCAACUUCGAAGCUGUGAAAUAUUUCAAUAACGAAGCAUUGGAAUUGAAGCAAUAUGACGCUGCCUUAUCGAAAUACGAAAAGGCGGCACUCAAAACAAACACCUCACUAGCGUUCUUAAAUAUUGGUCAAAACGCUAUAUUCAGUGUCGCACUAACUGCCAUGAUGUGGAUGGCAAGUCAAGGGAUUGUGGAAGGUGCAUUGACAGUAGGGGAUCUCGUAAUGAUCAACGGUCUUGUCUUCCAACUUUCAGUGCCACUAAACUUUUUAGGCAUGGUGUAUCGAGAAACCCGACAAUCCCUCAUUGAUAUGGACACCAUGUUUAGAUUACAACGAGUCAAAACAACCAUCCCCGAAAUCCCCAACGCACCACCCUUAAACACGAGUCUACAACCAAACACGAUUGAAUUCAACAACGUGAAAUUCGGAUACCAUUCUGAUAGACCAAUCCUUGAUGACGUGUCGUUUAGUAUCAAGACAGGAACGCGUGUUGCUUUUGUGGGGCCAUCAGGGUGUGGUAAAUCGACGGUGCUUAGGCUCCUGUUUAGGUUUUUUGAUCCGCAGGAUGGUAGUAUCAGGAUUCAUGGACAGGAUGUGAAACAUGUAUCUUUGGAUUCGCUGAGAAAGGCUAUUGGGAUUGUGCCACAGGAUACUGUUCUGUUUAAUAACACGAUAUAUUAUAAUCUUGUAUAUGGGAGACCGAGUGCUUCGGUGCAGGAUGUUGAGGACGCUGCCAAGAUGGCAAGGAUUCAUGAUGUGAUUGUAAACAACUUCCCCAAAAAAUACGAGUCUCGAGUGGCAGAACGAGGUUUGCAAUUGUCUGGUGGGGAACGACAACGUGUACAGCUAGCUAGAGUCUUUCUGAAAGACUCACCAAUCCUCUGCUUUGACGAAGCAACAUCAUCCCUCGACCUUACAACCGAAGCAUCCAUAAUGUCGACACUGCGUGAAUACCUCGCACACCACAACAAGACUGCAAUCUUUAUCGCACAUCGCCUCUCAACUAUAAUUGACUGCGAUGAUAUCAUUGUGCUUGAUAAGGGGCGAGUAAUUGAGCGAGGGACACAUGAAGAGCUGAUUAAGGUUGAGGGUGGUGUGUAUGCCGAGAUGUGGCAUACGCAGGCAGAUGGGUAUUCGAGUGAUGGUGAUGGGGAGGUUGUAGAUGGGGAGGUUGCUGUAGAGGCUGGAAAGAGGGAUGGAGAUGGCAAGAACGCACUGUGA